CUGAAACCUUAGCAACACCGCCAGCUUUUAUUUAUUCCUCACCUUAGUAACCAACUGACUUUCAAGGGGACGCAAACAAACGACUAUUUUUUCGUAGUAAAAAGAAAAUCAAUUUUACACAUCAAAAUACCGGCAUAAAAAUAGUUAAAAUUGACAUUAUAACUUAAGUGAAACUUUGAGUGAAAAAAAAAGUUACAAAAUAAAGAAAAAACAAGAUAUGAAGAAGGUAAAGAGGACAAAGGCAGCGGUAAGGCGGCAUAUCGAAGACGUCCCAUUCUACCAGUUUCGGUACAAGUCGGAUGAUUUGCCUCUGGAUCCUGCAAAACCGUUUAUUAUUAAAAAACUGGACCGCUUCACAAAAUCCAAAGAUCCCGAGCUCCGUGCAAACUAUAAUUUGCACACUUACGCCGGAUUUAGACCAGAAGAUGAGGAUCUUCUGGGAGAAGUCGAGCAAAUACGGUUACCAAGCAGGCUAACGUUGCUAACAGAAAAGCCAUGCCUACCGUACUCGUUUGAAACGCAAGAGCCCUUUGUGUAUCCGUGGAUUGAAAAUUUAGAGAGUGAAAACCCUAGUGAACAUGUCGUGUUUGAAGUCACCAAUCAAUUACUUAAAAUUUACAAAGAAAGACGGAGAAAACUGUUCAUGGACAAUGCAAGAACUAGAUCUGCGCUUUUUUCAAAUGAAUUGCAGAAACUUUAUGGAGGACCCUCUGAAACUAUUGGAGCAUUUCGCAGUGGUACUGCAAUGCAAGUUCGCCUACCAACAAUACGGAAAAAGAAGAAGCAAGAAAUAUUCAAGCCUGGCGAUCCUGCAAAAAUACGAACUGCAGCAGAACUUAGACAAGAACUGGAUCGGAUGAGUAAAGUUAUAGAUAAGCUGAUUGAACCUGAUUUGUUGAGAAAGAAAGCAAUGAAAAGGGCGGUAUCGAUGAGCGACACGGUGAAAAACCUGGAAACCAAAUGUAUGUGUAUGAAAGAUGUAAGUGGAAUGAGUACGGAUCCAUCAAGGGGUGAAGUCGAAUAA